AUGGCUAGGGCUGUCCUGAUUCAACCACGACUCCACACCGCUGUUGGUUCACUGAGAACUCUGUGAGCGAGCUAGAGAGGGAGAGGGAGAAAUGUAACUUUGGAGAGAGGGAUUUCUUUUUUUCUUAAUUUGAAACUCCCCCUCCCCUUUCCCUCCUCGUUUCUCUGUGUGUCUAUAUUAGUGCUUUUUUCUCGUUCUCCGUACAUCUGAGAGGGUGGUCAGUCAACCUGUCAGGCAGCUAGCGAGAGAGAGAGAGAGAGAGAGAGAGAGAGAGAGAGAGAGGAGCAGAGUAAGAGUACAACAGAGCAGAGCAGAAAAAGGACAGAGGACAGACAAGAGAUGGGAAGUGCAUGGUGAUGUGUGACUGAUUACCCAGCCCAGAGCAGUGCCCCCUCCUCCAGCAGCUCUACUAGGUCAGUACCCUGGGACAGCACCUGCUUCCCUGACAGACAUACACACGCUCAGGACCUGCAUCUGUGUGAGGAUAUUUCAAGACCAAAACACCCGGACGGAGACCGGAAGAAAUGGGCUGUCUCUUCUUCGUUUGACCAAGAAACAAAGCCUAGGCAAUUGACAAGACUGGUGACAUCGUGUGGAAGCUGUAGGAAUUGCAAUCUCGGCUCCAGAGCCCAGCCGCUUCUCCAAACAUAAAGAGACUCCCACAUCCCCAGAGAAGACAACCUUCCAUUGACAGGAGCUGUCCUAGCAGCGGCUGUAGCAGAGUGAUCCAGUAGCAGUAGCAGGGUUAGAGGUCAGAGGUCACCAUGGCGGGGCGGGGGACCCGUUACCUCCUCCUGCUUCUGGGGGUCGUGUCUCUGGCCCAGGCCUCCAUCUUUCUGUCCAGCCAGCGCCUCAAGGCCCGCUUCCAGAGGGACCGCCGCAACAUCCGGCCCAACAUCAUCCUCAUUCUCACCGACGACCAGGACAUGGAGCUCGGCUCCAUGCAGGCUAUGAAUAAGACCCGACGUAUCAUGGAGCAGGGCGGGACUCACUUCUCCAACGCCUUUGUGACCACGCCCAUGUGCUGUCCUUCACGCUCCUCCAUGCUGACGGGGAAGUACGUUCACAACCACAACACCUACACCAACAACGAAAACUGCUCCUCCCCCUCCUGGCAGGCCCAGCACGAGACUAGGACCUUCGGAGUGUACCUCAACAACACCGGCUACAGGACAGGCUUCUUUGGGAAGUACCUGAAUGAGUACAACGGUUCCUAUAUUCCUCCUGGAUGGAGGGAGUGGGUGGGGCUGGUCAAGAACUCCCGCUUCUACAACUACACCCUGUGCAGGAACGGAGUCAGAGAGAAACACGGCUGCGAGUACCCUAAGGACUACUUUACGGAUCUCAUCACAGAGGACAGCAUCAACUACUUCCGUUCCUCUAAGAGGAUAUACCCACACCGGCCAGUGAUGAUGGUGAUGAGCCACGCUGCCCCACACGGGCCGGAAGACUCCGCACCGCAAUACAGCACUGCCUUCCCCAACGCAUCCCAGCACAUUACUCCCAGCUACAACUAUGCUCCGAACCCGGACAAGCACUGGAUCAUGCGUUACACUGGGGCUAUGAAGCCCAUCCACAUGGAGUUCACCAACAUGCUACAGAGGAAGAGGCUGCAGACCCUGCUCUCUGUGGAUGACAGCGUGGAGAAGGUGUAUAACAUGUUGGCUGAGACUGGAGAACUGGACAACACAUAUAUCAUCUACACAGCUGACCAUGGCUACCACGUGGGCCAGUUUGGACUGGUCAAGGGCAAGUCCAUGCCCUAUGAGUUUGACAUCCGAGUUCCCUUCUACAUCCGAGGGCCCAACGUGGAGGCAGGAGCCAUCAACCCUCACAUGGUGCUGAACAUUGACCUGGCACCCACCAUCCUGGACAUCGCUGGCAUGGACGUCCCUCCUGACAUGGACGGCAAGUCCAUCCUCAAGCUGCUGGACAUAGAGAGACCAGUCAACAGGUUCCAGGUGAACAAGAAGGGGAAGGUGUGGCGAGACUCAUUCCUGGUGGAGAGAGGGAAGCUGCUUCACAUACGUGAUGCGCCUCCAGGGAAGGAUGUGGCCCAGGAGGAGAACUUCCUGCCUAAGUACCAGCGGGUCAAGGACUUGUGUCAGAGAGCAGAGUACCAGACACCCUGCCAACAGCUGGGACAGAAGUGGCAGUGUUUGGAGGAUGCCACAGGGAAGCUGAGGCUGUAUAAGUGCAAGGGCAUGGCCAGCAUGUCGGCAACCCGGAAGGAUGGCCCUGCCAACAUCAAGUCCAAGUACUACCCCCAGCACAAGGCGGAGCACAACACAGAGCAUGAUGGCUGUAACUGUGACCAGCACCCCAGCUUCAGACUCAGCACCUUGAAGAAGAAGAAGUUGCUCUCCAAGAAGAAGAUGAAAGCCAUCAAGAGCUACGCCCGUAACCGUUACUCCCGCUCUGUGGAGAUGGAGAUAGGAGGGGACCUGUAUGCUGUAGACUUGGAGGAUGGAUACCAGCCUGUACCGGCCCCCAGGAACCUCAGCCAGGCUGGGGCCAGGACCCCACGCGACGACACUGAGGACGACUUCAGUGGCAUGGGGGUCACUGUCACCAUCACCCCCAGGACUAGCAGCAACAGUCUAGCUAUUGUAUCUUCUGGAAUCAAAGUCACACACAGGUCAGGGAGUGUGUGGAUGUUCAAUGUGGAUGGGUGCUCUAUUCUGGCCAAUGACACAGUGAAGUGUGAUACAGGGAUCUAUAAGUCCCUGCAGGCCUGGAAGGACCACAAACUCCACAUCGAUCACGAGAUUGAGACCCUGCAAACAAAGAUCAAGAACCUAAGAGAGGUUAGGGGUCACCUGAAGAAAGCCCGCCCAGAGGAGUGUGACUGCAACCACUACAUCUACAAGUCUAAGUACAAGAGUAAGCUCAGGCACAAAGGAGGCAGCAUUCACCCAUUCAGGAAGGGUCAGGAUAAGAAGGCGUGGUUACAGAAAGAGCAGAAGAGGAGGAAGAAGAUGCGGAAGCUGCUGAAACGUCUGAGGAACAACGACACCUGUAGCAUGCCUGGUCUCACCUGCUUCACCCACGACAACCAGCACUGGCAGACCGCCCCCUUCUGGACAAUGGGUCCGUUCUGUGCCUGCACCAGUGCCAACAACAACACCUACUGGUGUCUGAGGACCAUCAACGAGACACACAACUUCCUCUUCUGCGAGUUUGCUACUGGCUUCCUGGAGUACUUUGACCUCAACACGGAUCCCUACCAGCUGAUGAAUGCUGUGAACACGCUGGACCGAACCGUCUUAAACCAGCUCCACGUUCAACUCAUGGAGCUCCGCAGCUGCAAGGGCCACAAGCAGUGCAACCCCCGCAACCUAGAGCUGGGAGGCAGAGAACGAAGCAGCUUUGAUGAAUACAGGCAGUUUCAACGCAGAAAGUGGCCAAAAGUGAAGAAGCCCACCUCCAAAUCACUAGGACAGAUCUGGGAAGGCUGGGAGGGAUAGGGUCCAUGAGGCCAGAGUGGCCCCACCCGAAGUGCCCACUGUGGGGGGAACGGGAAUGGACUGGUCAGAACUUGAACCCUUGUACAGACUUGACG